AUGUCUGUUCGAAAAAUUGCAUCUAAAGAUGAAUUCAAAGGGCUCAUGAGCGAGAAUGCUCUCGUCAUUGUCGACUAUUUCGCGACAUGGUGCCCUCCAUGCCGAAUGAUCGCCCCCUGGCUCGAGGAGCAAGCCAAGGCCUUCGACGGAAAAGUCGUCUUCGCCAAGGUCGACGUUGAUGAACUUGAGGACGUCGCUGCUGAGCAGAAGAUUCAGUGCAUGCCGACCUUCGAGUUCUUCAAGGGAGGCGCCGCUGUUGCCAGAAUCGAAGGAGCUGAUAAAGCGGGUAUUAGCAGCAAAAUUCAACAGCUCGCCUAG